CACAUAUAUGGCGUAAUUCGCGGAGGGAUCCCUGCUUGUCAGAACCAUGGUGAGAUCGCAGAGAAGGCAGUGAACAGGAGAUCUAACGUAUAGCUCAAACCCUCAAUAGGACGGAGACACUUCACCGUGAGGAGGUUCUGUCGUGAACAUCUGGGAAAACAAAUGUUAACUUUCGGAUAGUAUCGACCGCUAGACUGUCUAGCGUUCCUGGGAGCUGGCUUUCAGCUGACUUACUGGCGUUCUGCGGUGGAAAUAGCACAAAAAAUGUCGUCUCCGAGUCCGGGUAAAAGGCGAAUGGAUACCGAUGUGGUGAAACUCAUCGAGAGCAAGCAUGAAGUCACCAUCCUCAGUGGGCUCAAUGAAUUUGUAGUGAAGUUUUAUGGCCCACAAGGAACGCCGUACGAGGGAGGUGUGUGGAAAGUGCGAGUAGAUCUUCCUGAUAAAUACCCAUUCAAAUCGCCAUCCAUAGGAUUCAUGAACAAGAUUUUUCAUCCCAACAUUGAUGAAGCGUCAGGAACAGUGUGCUUAGAUGUCAUCAACCAGACAUGGACAGCUCUUUAUGAUCUGACCAACAUCUUUGAAUCGUUCCUGCCCCAACUGCUGGCUUACCCAAACCCCAUCGACCCCCUUAACGGCGACGCAGCUGCCAUGUAUCUUCAUCGGCCAGAGGAGUACAAACAAAAAAUCAAAGAGUACAUUCAGAAAUAUGCAACAGAGGAAGCCCUGAAGGAGCAGGAGGAAGGAACGGGAGACUCUUCAUCUGAAAGCUCCAUGUCUGAUUUCUCAGAAGACGAAGCCCAGGACAUGGAGUUGUAGUAAUAAAGGGUUCCCUCCCAAUCACUCCCCUUCCUUUAACCCCCCCACAGAGACUAUAUUUGAUUUCCUAACCACGAGAAAGCAGACUUAUAAUAUUCAUAUUUAAACAAGUUGAUUUUUUUAUUUUUAUUAUUACGACUAAACAAGGAUUUUUAUGGAUAUAUAGCCUUUGGUGUGUUUUGACAGACGCCCCUUCUCCUCUGUAGUCGUUCUCCCCGAUAGCGUUCACAAUCUCUGCUGCAUUUGUUCAAUGUUGUAAAAUUCCUCCACCCGAAGCGUCCCGUUCCUUUGCUUAGACUUUUUUUUUUUCUUUCUUUCUCCAUUUGACACAGCCAGCCACGUCCCUCCAUGCUAAUUGGUAACAUGUCGGUUGCUCUUUGAAGGCGAAAAGUGCUCCCAUCUCCUCCAAGACAGUAUUUGUAAAAACUUGAUAACUUUUGAGACAAAAGUUGGCUUUCCUUGCAAAUUUGAAGCGAAACACGUUCUGCAUGUCCCUCCCCUGUCCCUCUCUGCUGUGCUGGCUGCGAUGCGCACAACUGUUGCAAACUAGAGCAAGUAUGGGGGGGGGGGAGGAAAUGCUUCUGUUUUAUUCAGGUUACAAAACUCUUAUUUUAAGGCACACAGCCCCAGUAGAUACUCAUCGAUGAAUGCAGAAUACUUGCUAAGCAUAUCUCUGGUAACAUACUAAUGAAGAAAAGUCUGGAAUAAUAAGGUCUGUUUCGGUUUAAGUGCUGUGUUGGAUGUUACAUAUUUUUGUUUUAGUCUGUUGACCGUCUUGGUGUUUAAAAGAAGAAAAAAAAAAAACAGGCCGAUAUUGCAGAACAGAUGAAUGCCUGUCUGACUACAGGGUGACAUGGAUUGCUCUGGGUAUCUGAUUUAAGCGCAUUUCAUUAAAAAAAAGUCUGUAAUAUAAACCAUAUUUCUGGCCUGUUUUUUUUUUUUUUUUUAAGAAUAAAAUUAUUCUUAGUCAGGAAGCAGAUUGUCCUUGUUGCUAAAAACCAGCAUGAAAGGGAGUUUUAAACUUGUGAAGCAUCCCACACUCAAUGAUCUUUGAGUUUUUGGGUUGAUCGGGCUGAAAAUGAAGAGCACUUUUUGUUCUGUUUCUUAGGUUUUUAUUUUUUUUAUUUAUUUUUUUGGUCGCUACAUACAGGUUAGUCCUUCUCACAUUCCGCUGCUCUAUCCCCUUUGCAAUUGGUCCAACCUGUGCUGUGUUACCUGACAAGUGGCAGUCUGCUUUUACUAAGAAGAAAAAGACAUUUGGGGGGAAAAAAAAUGUAGGUAGAAAUUGGUCUCCUUAACCUAAAACAAACCUUUGUGUGGUAAGUAAUGAUGCUGAAAGAACAACAUUACAAGUGCAAACAUAAGUUGGUUCUAUUACCCAAAAACUUUUAUUACAUGUACUCUUUAAAAAAAAAAAAAAGUUCACUUUGUGAUAAAAAUAUUGAGUUUUUUUGUUUUUUUAAAAAAAACAAUAAAGUGUCUGUCUACUGCAUAUGGCUCUGGCCUCCUAAAAAAACAAAAAAAAAAACAGUUUGAGCCAAAACGUUAACUUUUUGAUGCCAAUCAGGGUGAAAAUUGGUGCAAAUCCAGAAAACUGACAUAUUUUGUAGCUCUGGUUCCCAAGAUGAAUAGUGCAUGCUUCUGGGAAGUUAUCACAUCACCUUCAGUUUAACCCUCCCCCCUCUCUUCUGUGCCUCAUCAUUGCAUCAAGAAACUCAGCAAAAAACAUGUAUUUAAGAAGCCAUGGAGACGACUUGUAAUAUUCUAGAGAAGCACAUCGUUUUAACUCUCUUCCUUCUUUUUCUUUUCUUGGUGCGAGUCCAUUCUGUUGUCUUUGUGCGCCGACACAAGAUUCAUCUGAAACGCCCCAGGUUUUAUUAUAGCGAAUGUUUGAAGUACUCUUUGCUUCUGUUCUGCAUUGUGGUUAACCAUGUUUCACCUAGAAGGUAUUAAAAAAAAAAAACAGGCAGAAAAUCAUGCAGGAAUUGUUGAGCUGUUUUUUUUUGUGUGUGUUUGUUUUGUUUUUUUACUGCGUCAGGAUAGAUAGAUUUGUAGUUUGGUAAACCUAUUAAUGAGGUUCUUUAGUAAGGGGGAAUUUUCACUCUCAUCUAACCGUAUAGAUGCACCCGCUCGAGCUUGUACAGCGAUUUUAUUUUGAGGCGCAGCGGUUGUGACGGAUCUGACUUGUACAGAAAGCAGAAAUUGUGGCUCGGAUCUUUCUACUGUCAGACUGUUUUUGUGCUCUUGAACAUCCACUCGUUCAAAUGCAGAGGCAUCCCUUUUGUUUUCAGUUUGUAACAGAACAAUUUGAUUUAUUUAUUUUUUUUAAAAGAUGUGUUAAUUUCUCUCACCUGCAGCUGUGUGGCUUUUGGUGAAAGCUUUCCUUUUCAAGAUGUUCCACGUGUUCCCUACUAGUUUACCUGCUGCUUGUGACACUUGCCUUGGCCAUCCUAGGAAAAUAUAUUUUUAAUAUACGAGCUGAUUUAUCAUGCAAACGUUUUUUGUUUUUUUUUUAAAAAAAAAAGAUACUAUUGAAACCAUCUAGAGUGGAAGUGCACCAGUCAGUCAGUCAGCCAGAAAUUGGAAUCUGCAAGUUUCCUUUUGGUCAUCUCUCAUUGGUCAUAAGUGAGUCAAAUGCUGAAAUCCCCUCCCCCCCCUAAUUAAAUUAAUAAAAU